CAUAUUUAAUUGAGUAUAUAUCUUCUACUCAUUCUUUUCUUCAAGAUAUCACUCACAUAUACAAUUUGAAUCAGAUUCCCUUUAGCCUAAGUACAAUGAUUUUGUAUCAAUACAUUUUAUUGUUUCUAGCCAUUAUCUUCUUCAUAUUCUACAAAACAUGGAGGCGCAACAAAAUUGUUAUUGUUCCAAAUUGGCCAAUAAUUGGCAUGCUACCAUCACUUCUCCUUUAUUUAUCCAAUUUUCAUGAUGUUUUAACCUUAGGUUCCAAACAAUAUGGGAGCACGUUUCAUUUUAAAGGACCUUGGUUUACAAACAUGGCCAAUAUUAUCAUCACUUGUGAUCCAAUGAAUGUGCACCACAUCACCAGCAAAAAUUUCAGCAACUAUGGGAAAGGAUCUGAUUUCCGUGAGAUUUUUGAUGUUUUCGGCGUUGGUAUAUUUAAUUUGGAUUCCAAUGAAUGGAAACAAGAGAGAACACUACUUCAUUCAUUGGUAAAAAGGAAAAGCUUUGAGAUUUUCCAUCAAAAUAAUAUUCAAAAGAAGCUAGAGAAUUGUCUAUUACCAUUUCUUGAUCAUGCAUGUAAAGGUGUACAAGUAAUUGAUCUACAAGAUAUUCUUGAGAGGUUCACCUUUGACAUUGCAUGCACCUUUCUAUUUGGAUUUGAUCCAAAUUCCAUUCCUUACAACUUCAAUGAAUUUUCAGAUGCUACUUAUGUAAAAGCUAUUUCUGUGAUUGAUGAUACGCAUUUGAUCAGACACUGUAUUCCAAAAUGUAUUUGGAAGGUACAAAAAUGGCUACAAAUAGGUCAAGAAAGGAAGAGAAAGGUAGCUCGAGAAAAUCUUUACCGAUUCUUGUACAAGUGUAUAGCAUAUUCGGAAGGCGAUGAAGAAAAAAUUGGUGUGGAAGAAUAUCAUCCAUGCUUGCUAAAAGAAUUAAUGAAAAGAGACUUGGGAGACGACGAAAUGGCCGAGAAGUAUUAUCUUAGAGACACUGCACUCAAUCUAUUGGCUGCAGGAGAUGGACCAAUUAGUUCAGGUCUGAGUUGGUUCUUUUGGCUUGUUUCAACUCAUCCUAUUGUGGAAGCUAAAAUUAUUCAAGAAAUCAAAGAUAACUAUUUUACACAAGAGGAGAAUUUGAUCACUGAUUUACGUGUCGAAGAGCUCGAUAAGCUAGUUUACCUUCAUGGAGCAAUAUGUGAAGCCUUAAGGCUUUAUCCUCCUGUUCCAUUAGAGCAUAAGUGUGCAGUCAAAUCUGAUGUACUCCCUAGUGGACACCAUGUUAGUGCAAAUACGAAGUUAAUAUAUUCUUUGUAUGCAAUGGGAAGGAUGGAAGAAAUAUGGGGAGAGGAUUGCUUGGAAUUUAAGCCAGAGAGAUGGAUAUCAGAUAAAGGAGAGAUUAUACAUGUACCAUCUUACAAGUUUAUAGCAUUCAAUGCAGGUCCAAGAAGUUGUAUUGGAAAAGGUAUUAGCCUUAUUCAAAUGAAAAUGGUUGCAGCUGCUAUUUUAUGGAAGUUUCACAUACAGGUUGUGGAAAAUCAAUCUGUAACACCAAAGAUUUCUGUUGUUCUUCGCAUGGAACAUGGCCUUAAGGUCAAAGUUAGUAAAAGAUGCAUGUGAUAUAAGAAUUAUUAUCUUUGGUGUUUCCUUUAACCUAUCUGUAUGUGUAUCGUUGUCCUUGUUAAAUAAUGUUAUGGUGAGACUGUUAUUUUCUAUUUGUGUAUGAAAUAAAGAUGCAUCUAAUGUAAUUCAGUUAGUGUUUUUUCUCUUUUACA